CACACACACACACACACACACACACACACACACACACACAUAUAUAUACACAAACUAUAUAUACAUACAUACAAAUAGUUAUUACAAAUGCAAGAGAAAUUUGCAAACAUAGCGUCGAACAAAACUGGGCAGAUCAAAUCGAUAUCAAAAUAUGAAAUGCUGUACAUUCCAAAAUCAAUCGCAUCUAAACGCAUCCAUGUGAAGAGCAGUGUUGUUAUUGAAUCAUCAUCAUCAUUAUCAUUAUCAUCAUCGAACGUCAAUUUCAAUGGAACGAAAGAAGAACAAUGGUCGUCGUAUUGCAUAGGACAAUUGGUAAAGCAUAAAUUCAUUGACAGUGGCUUUACAAAGUUUUUUAUUACGUUAAUUGUAUGUCUAUUGUGGAUCAGUUUGGUGGGUUUUGUGCAUUGCAAUAGCAACGAUCGUGGUGAUAACAGUGUUAUUCAUCUAAAUGAAAGCAAUAACACCACCACCACCACCGUACAACCGAAAUCGUUGUCAAACCAUUGGUGGCAUCCGUUGUCGUCGAUACCACAACAUAAAUCAAAUAAUGGAAUUCCGCAUCAAAAGCGACGCUCAAAAUCGUCAAUGCUGAAAUUGAAUGUGUUGAACGGUGACAACGAACGUAGUGAACAUUUUUUAAAUGUAAAUCAUGUGAAAAAUAUUUCAAAUGGCUCAUUUAAACGACAUCAACAACAUCAACGCCAACAAUUUGGUAUAUCAAUUAUAACACGUAGUAAAAAGACCAAUCCAAAUGCUAGUUUUAGUUUAGAUUUGUUCCAACAAAAUACUGUUGAUGGACAACAUGUACAGAGGCAAAAAAAUCAAACAUUGAAUAGAUUAGGAUACCAACACGAUACCAACCGAAUACCUGAUGCCAUUAGAAAAUCACUACACCAUCAUCAUUCCGUUAUAAAACGAUUUAGAGCAUUUGUGACGAAACGAUAUCAUUUUUCUGCCAAAACCAAAGACAACAAAUCAACCAUCAAUAAUUCAAGUGAACGUAUAAUUAGUACGACAGCAACGACCAUUGUAUCGGAGGAUAACAUCACAUCAAAUGACCAAUUAAUCGAAACGCCACAGAACCAUCACAAUAUUCAACGUCAAAACAAAAUUCAGAAUGAUAGUGAACAUGAUGAUGACAAUGAUGAUGAACAACAACCACGCCAAUCACAACAAAAAAACAACAUCAAAACUACCAACAUUUUGAUAAAUCAAACGAAUGCGAUAUUAUUACGGGAUUUAUUAUUCAAAAAGCAUUUCGAUUUGCAUAAAAUUAAUGAAAUAAAUGGAAUGAAUGUAACAAUUUCAUCGAAAAUUGUUCAUCAUAAUCGCAAGCGAUCGACUGAUCUGCAUGAAAAUGAGCAAACACCAACCAAACGAACAUCAACUCAUCCAUUCGACGAUCAUUUUUUUAAUUCUAAAUUAAAAAAUUACUAUUUUCUAUACCACAUAGAUAAUAUUAGCAACUAUAACAAUCAUUUCAAUUUAUUAAACAGUCCAAGUAUAUUAAAUGCUAUUCAAUUUAAAUUAAAUAAGAAAAAUAUUCAAUUUUCCAAACGUCAAAUUGAUAAUGCGCUUAUCGACGCAACAAAUACUGAAAGUGACUUUUCAAAGUACAAUAAUUCACAAAAACCAUUGCAUUUCAAUAAUCAUCACAGCAAUCGAAUAAAACGCAUUCAAUUAGCGAAAAUUGCAUCGAUAUGUUUGAAUUGUGUGAACGACAUUGGUGAUGGCAAUGAAGAAAAUAAUGGUAAAAUUAACACCAUCGCACAAUCGUUUUCAUCAUCAUCAUCAUCAUCAUCAGCACCCCCGUCGUCACCAACGUCACCCAUGAAGAUAUACAUUCUGCCGAGAUCGUUACGAUCGGUGGAUCAUCAAUCGACGACGUUAAAUGCAGAUAACCGUGCUGAUGACGACGAUGAUAAUGACAUUCAAGAAUGGGAUGAGUCAACGUUUCAAAAUAGUCUGAAAAAUUAUCCAAGAAUUGCCGGUUUAUUGGGUAAUUUAUCAUUAACAAAUAUUUCUGAUCAAUUUAAUUAUCUAAAAAAUCAAAAUGUGCGUCCAAAUGCAAAAAAUUUACAAAAUAAUUUAAAUAUUAUUACUGAUUCAACGAAUAAUGCAAAUCACAAAACCAAAGUGACUGCAACAGCAUUGGCUAAGAUGAUAGCGCUGCACACCAAUGCCAGUGUUGCUUCCAUUCCAUUUUCUAAAUCAUCUAAGACCAACAAUAUAACAACCAUUAAUAAUGAAUAUGUUAUGGACACGCCAAUUCGUGCCGAUGCAGCAUCGCAUAUUUCAACUAACAAUUAUAGUCCAAUUUCCACAUUUGAACAUUACAUUAAGGUAAUUAGUAGUCGUAAUAUAAACAAUCGUAAAAAUUAUUACGCAAUACAAACGAGUGGCAAUAAAUCUAAAUCGUUAAACUUCCAGAAUUUAAAGCAGCAAAAAUUUCAACGAAUAAAAAAACAAAACCAAUUUAUUCAAUUAUUUGCUACAAAUCAUAGAUUUAUUCUUAACAAUACAAUGAAUGACAAUAAUAUUAAAAACCAUGUAAAUGACACCGUUGCAACCACGACGGACGGUCAUGCUACUGACAACAAAAAUAUUGUUAUAAAUUUUAAGCUAAAACAUUUCAAUUUAAACGAAAGCAAUUGUACUACUAAAAACAUAUUUAAUUUUGAUCAUGUCAAUUUAAAUGGUACGAAUACUGAUGCGGUUGUAAAUGCUGCGAAUCAGCAACAGUCGCCGUUGUCACAAUUGCGACAGAAAAACCAUAGAUUUUCGGUUGCUGAAAAGACGAAAAAUGAGGAUACUAUUGAAAAUGUCGUAAAUACCACCAAAGAUGAAGUGCCAACAAUUGAAAAACGAUCCAAAGUCGAUCGUUUGAAUGAAACAAUUAAAUUGACGACAAAUAAAAAGAUGAAAAAGAAAACUGAUAAGUUUACGGAGAAAAUUCGUUCGUCAUCGAGUGCAAACAGUUAUCUUAUGCGAUUGGAAUCGAUUAAAUACCAAAUUCUGAUGAAACUCGGACUUAAACAAAAGCCCAACAUUACCAACACCCUGCCGAAACAUGUUAUUAUGGAAACACUAUAUCGAGCCGACGAUAACAAUGUGCCGCAUUCAAACGAGAAUCCAGGAAGACAUCCGAAUCGUAAAUCACAUCAACGACAAAAACAACGGCAUAAACAAAAACAUCAUCCAAAGCUCAACAAAAAUGCGGCUAAUAAAUUAACGCCCCCAAUUGCAUUGAAUAAGGAUCCAAAUCGAGAAAUGUAUCAAGCGUCUCAAUUUUCAAAUAAUAAAAAUGACAGCAGCACCGGCAUUCACCGCAUGGACGAUGAAAAAUUCCCAUUCAAUGCUGCGGACAUAUUUGAAGAGACAAAUGACAUUGAAUCGGACGAUUUUUAUGGUCGCACACGUGAAAUUAUCAUUUUUGCUGAAAGAGGUAGUUAUUUCAAUCAACAACCAUUAAUUGAAUUUGUAUCGACCAAUGGAUUAGAUGAAAGUGACAAUACAAACAAUUCCGUAAAUAAAUCAAAACCCGUUGAAACGACGGUACAAUUGAGCAAACGUACGUCACAUGUAAAUCAUAGCAAUGAAAAUACAUUGAAACAGCGAAGUAAAUGCAAAGGCGAUGAUGAUAUCAUUGAAAAUUCGCAAGUACGUAAGCGAAAACGACGACGAAGACAGGUCGUUGAAACAACGGAUGCCAAAGAAACUGGCAACAACAACAAACCGGUGAUUUUAGUGUCAAAUGAAAAGAAAGCUCUGGAAAAAAUGGUUGUUAAAUCCGAAUCGACCACAUCGCAAACCAGUUCACAGGCCGAACAAACACAAUAUCAACCAUUAAAUUUGGAUUUUAAUUCAGAUACACGUGUUCGACGUGCAUUCCUCUGGAUCAAAGUUGAUGAGGCAAUCAACAAUAAAAAAUCGCCCAAAAAGCAUAAACCAAAAGGAUUACAUCAUCGAAAUGGCAAACAUCAUCGAACCAAUUUUUUUCGACUGUGGGUUUUUCAUAUCGUCGAACCAACAUUGGAACCAAAUCAACAUAUAAAAUUAAGCGCCAGCAAAAGUGUUCAUGUGUCACGACUUGGGUGGCAAAAGUUAGAUGUAACAUCAACCGUACGUCAAUGGUAUGCUUACGGUGGUAAAACUCGUUUGCGAUUUCUUGUCGAUUGUUCCGGUUGCAUGGAUCGCAUCAAAAUUCAUUUGUUUGAUGGUAAUAAACAAAUAAAAACGGCCAAACCACGACCCAAGCCAAAUUUAUUACAAAAUGAGAAACUAAAUGGAAGUUCAGAUCCGGUGCGUCCAUUCUUAGUCAUUUAUACCGAUCCGAAUGUAAUAAAACGUGUACGUCGUCAUACACCCGAUUGUUCGGUGGCGGUGCGUGGACAAUGUUGCAAACAAAAAUUCUAUGUUAGCUUUGCCGAAUUAGGUUGGGAAGAUUGGAUCAUUGCACCGCAUGGUUAUUAUGCAAAUUAUUGUCAGGGUAAUUGUAAUGGUCUCCGAACACCGGAUAAUUUUCGAUCGUAUCAUAGUCAUGUGAUUGAAGAAUAUCGUAAGAUGAAUCGUUUGACCGGCUUACAACCAUGUUGUACACCGCUUAAAUUCUCCAGCAUGUCACUCAUUUACUACGAGGAAAAUCAGAAGAUUAUCAAACGUGAUCUACCAAAAAUGGUUGUCGACGAAUGUGGCUGCCCAUAAACAGUACUCAAUCGAACAUUGGAAAUGGAAUGAAAAGCUCAAGCGAAUAGAUAAAGACAGAGAAAUAAAAAGAGAGGAGAAAGCACUCUUUGUUUAACUAACCUUUUGGCAAAAACAAGUCAACAUAUAAAUAACAACAACCAAAUUGAAUUGAAUAAAUUUGCAAGAAACCAGAAGAAAAUUAACACAUUUAAGAAGCAGAAAAGAAUUUGUGGGUAAAAAAAAAACCAAAAAAAGUAAAUAAUGCAGAAAAAAAGACAAUAAAGAAACCAACCACUCCAUCUAAAUUUAAAUAAACAAUUGUACUCUCCUUCUUUUCAAACAUCCUUUAAACUUAUUUGCUAAAUAAUUUUUUUCCCAUUGACAACAUGAACAUUGUAACAAAUUAGAGAUGAGGAAUAAUAUAAGUUUUUUAAGAAAACUUUAUAAUGUAUUAUUAUCAAAAGACAAAUCUAAGCAAACAAACACAAGAAAAAAAAAAGUCAAUAAUAACAAAACUAAAAACAUUA